AUGGCACCUCUGACCUUGGACCCACCGGGGGAGGGCACCUUCACUGUGGAACGUGACCGCGCGGCAGUUGCUCCAGUGCUCAGGCAUGUCUUAAAGGCGAAGUUGACCACGUACCUGGAGCAAGGCGACUUCACCAGCUACCGCAUACUCCUGAACCAGCAGAGCGCGCGGCUGAGAGGUCUGCCAACAGAGCCGAAUGACGACUUGGUGCCGGGAUUCCAAGCUGUCCCAGGUGCUCCGAAGCAUCAGAGGGCAGUGGCACAGUUCUUGCAUGAGAACGGUUUCUGCCAUCCGUUGGAGCGUGACGCAGCUGGCUGGUCUGUCCUGUGCUAUGCUUCAAUGCGGGGAGACCCCUUCCUGGUCCAAGCGCUGCUCCGUUGCAAGGCCGACCCCAACGACAAAGUCACCAAGGCUCAACCACAGCUCGGCAUUGACAAGGGAACCCCAGUGCUGGGCCUCUGCACCAAGUUCAAAAAUCAUGAGGCCAUGAAGCUGCUAAUUGCGGCUGGAUCCCGGAUCAGUGUGAGAGGUGUGCUUCAGACUGCGCUGAGCUGCGCAUGCUAUGUGGAUGAUGCAGAGGCGGUGCACUGCCUUUGCGCUUCGGGAGGUGACCCCAACGAGAAGAACCCCUUUGGCGUAUCUGCCUUACGCCAGGCCUGCGUCACGGGCUCCUUGCAUGCGAUGGCUGCGCUUCUGGAGCACACCCAGAACUUGGACCUCUCUCUCUCCCUGCAUUGGGUGGCGAUGGGACAGCGCAGCUCCGCAAAGGCCCUGGAUUUGCUCAUCCGAGCUCGAGCGGACGUGAACGAGCAGUACAGGCCAAGGAGGAUGAGUGCAUUAGGGCUGUUUUGGCGCCUCAAGGGCCUCCAGUACCGAGCCGGUUGGAGAUCCACGCAGCUGCGAGGGGUAGGCUAUCAUCACUAUGGCGCAACGCCCCUGAUGAUUGCCAUCAUCUGCGGAAACUUCGAAGCAGCCGCUGCCCUUAUGGUCAGAGGGGCUCGGCUCGACCUGCGCAACUCCCGGCGCCGGACUGCGGCCGACCUUGCGCGCGAGAUGUCCUCGCCAGACUACCUGAUAGCAGCAUUGGGCGGCCACAUGGCGUGGUGCAACUCUCUUGUCGCGCACGCACUGAUGUGA